GGGGAUAGUAACGAUUCUUCAUUCGAACCAAAAACACAUCCAACGAACACGAUGACAACGAACCGAUCCACCAGACUACUGGUGUUGCUAGUGUUGACCGCCCUGGUGGCCAGCCAUCAGGCGCAUGCCGCCGCCGUGGGAUUGAAGUGCGGUGGUAAGAGCGCCGUCUGCGUGGGACCACUCUCCUAUCAGCAGUGCGUUGAUGACCUGACCACCGGUCCGGUGGUGCCAUGCGCAUUGAACACCCGCUGUGUCACCGACGGCCUCGAGAUUUGUGUGCCGGUCAAGUCGGCCGCUGAGGCGCCCACGGCGGCUGUCGCCAAGAUGGUGACCAUCACCGACAGUCCCGUUGUGAGCGAGUCGGCUCCGCUAGUGGAUUCCACCAACAGCGGUUCCGGUGUAGAGAUCUCCACCGAGGGCGCACCAGCCAGCGCUGUUCCGACUAAGCCAUCUAUUCCGGUUGAGACCACUCAGGCACCGGUUGAGACCACCCAGAUUCCGCUCGAGACCACACAGGUUGCGGUUGAGACCACCCAGAUUCCGCUUGAAACCACCCAAGCUUCCGGCGAGACAACUACAGCAGCCAUUGAGGAGACUACCACAGGUUCGGAAGCACCACUGGAACCGGAAUCGACGGUGCCCAGCGAUACAACUCCCGUGGACUCCACAUUGGCACCCGGAUGGGAAGGCACUUACCCAACCAUUGAACCCAACACACCAGCAGAAGAUCCCAACGCUCCUGCGGGAACUACUCUUGCUCCUGGCGAAGUCGAUCCCAACAGCCCCAUUGACCCCAAUUCACCUCUGGACCCGAACGCACCAGAAGAAUCUACUAACGAACCCGGCUUAGUUGACCCCACCCUACCUGCUGACACAACUACUGCUCCAGAUUCCCCUGUUGAAGGAUCAAGCGCAGCUCCUGGCACACCGGCUGAUGUCACAACUGCCGCUCCUGGUGCUCCAGCUGAUGGAUCAUCUGCCGCUCCUGGUUCUCCAGCUGACGGAUCUUCCGCUGCUCCUGGCUCUCCUGCUGAUGUCACAACUGCCGCUCCUGGUGCUCCAGCCGAUGGAUCAUCUGCCGCUCCUGGCGCUCCAGCUGACGGAUCUUCCGCUGCUCCUGGCUCUCCUGCUGAUGUCACAACUGCCGCUCCUGGUGCUCCAGCCGAUGGAUCAUCUGCCGCUCCUGGUUCUCCAGCUGAAGGAUCUUCCGCUGCUCCUGGCGCUCCUGCUGAUGUCACAACUGCCGCUCCUGGUGCUCCAGCCGAUGGAUCAUCUGCCGCUCCUGGCGCUCCAGCUGACGGAUCUUCCGCUGCUCCUGGCUCUCCUGCUGAUGUCACAACUGCCGCUCCUGGUGCUCCAGCCGAUGGAUCAUCUGCCGCUCCUGGUUCUCCAGCUGAAGGAUCUUCCGCUGCUCCUGGCGCUCCUGCUGAUGUCACAACUGCCGCUCCUGGUGCUCCAGCCGAUGGAUCAUCUGCCGCUCCUGGCGCUCCAGCUGACGGAUCUUCCGCUGCUCCUGGCUCUCCUGCUGAUGUCACAACUGCCGCUCCUGGCGCUCCAGCUGAUGGAUCAUCUGCCGCUCCUGGCGCUCCAGCUGACGGAUCUUCCGCUGCUCCUGGCUCUCCUGCUGAUGUCACAACUGCCGCUCCUGGUGCUCCAGCCGAUGGAUCAUCUGCCGCUCCUGGUUCUCCAGCUGAAGAAUCUUCCGCUGCUCCUGGCUCUCCUGCUGAUGUCACAACUGCCGCUCCUGGCGCUCCAGCUGAUGGAUCAUCUGCCGCUCCUGGCGCUCCAGCUGACGGAUCUUCCGCUGCUCCUGGCUCUCCUGCUGAUGUCACAACUGCCGCUCCUGGUGCUCCAGCCGAUGGAUCAUCUGCCGCUCCUGGUUCUCCAGCUGAAGGAUCUUCCGCUGCUCCUGGCGCUCCUGCUGAUGUCACAACUGCCGCUCCUGGUGCUCCAGCCGAUGGAUCAUCUGCCGCUCCUGGCGCUCCAGCUGACGGAUCUUCCGCUGCUCCUGGCUCUCCUGCUGAUGUCACAACUGCCGCUCCUGGUGCUCCAGCCGAUGGAUCAUCUGCCGCUCCUGGCGCUCCAGCUGACGGAUCUUCCGCUGCUCCUGGCUCUCCUGCUGAUGUCACAACUGCCGCUCCUGGUGCUCCAGCCGAUGGAUCAUCUGCCGCUCCUGGUUCUCCAGCUGAAGGAUCUUCCGCUGCUCCUGGCUCUCCUGCUGAUGUCACAACUGCCGCUCCUGGCGCUCCAGCUGAUGGAUCAUCUGCCGCUCCUGGCGCUCCAGCUGACGGAUCUUCCGCUGCUCCUGGCUCUCCUGCUGAUGUCACAACUGCCGCUCCUGGCGCUCCAGCUGACGGAUCUUCCGCUGCUCCUGGCUCUCCUGCUGAUGUCACAACUGCCGCUCCUGGUGCUCCAGCCGAUGGAUCAUCUGCCGCUCCUGGUUCUCCAGCUGAAGGAUCUUCCGCUGCUCCUGGCUCUCCUGCUGAUGUCACAACUGCCGCUCCUGGUGCUCCAGCCGAUGGAUCAUCUGCCGCUCCUGGCGCUCCAGCUGACGGAUCUUCCGCUGCUCCUGGCUCUCCUGCUGAUGUCACAACUGCCGCUCCUGGUGCUCCAGCCGAUGGAUCAUCUGCCGCUCCUGGCGCUCCAGCUGACGGAUCUUCCGCUGCUCCUGGCUCUCCUGCUGAUGUCACAACUGCCGCUCCUGGCGCUCCAGCUGACGGAUCUUCCGCUGCUCCUGGCUCUCCUGCUGAUGUCACAACUGCCGCUCCUGGCGCUCCAGCUGACGGAUCAUCUGCCGCUCCUGGUUCUCCAGCUGAAGGAUCUUCCGCUGCUCCUGGCGCUCCUGCUGAUGUCACAACUGCCGCUCCUGGUGCUCCAGCCGAUGGAUCAUCUGCCGCUCCUGGCGCUCCAGCUGACGGAUCUUCCGCUGCUCCUGGCUCUCCUGCUGAUGUCACAACUGCCGCUCCUGGCGCUCCAGCUGAUGGAUCAUCUGCCGCUCCUGGCGCUCCUGCUGAUGUCACAACUGCCGCUCCUGGUGCUCCAGCCGAUGGAUCAUCUGCCGCUCCUGGUUCUCCAGCUGAAGGAUCUUCCGCUGCUCCUGGCGCUCCUGCUGAUGUCACAACUGCCGCUCCUGGUGCUCCAGCCGAUGGAUCAUCUGCCGCUCCUGGCGCUCCAGCUGACGGAUCUUCCGCUGCUCCUGGCUCUCCUGCUGAUGUCACAACUGCCGCUCCUGGCGCUCCAGCUGACGGAUCUUCCGCUGCUCCUGGCUCUCCUGCUGAUGUCACAACUGCCGCUCCUGGCGCUCCAGCUGAUGGAUCUUCUGCCGCUCCUGGUUCUCCUGCUGAAGGAUCCCCUCCCGCUGGAGGAUCCCCUGCUGGUUCCAAUGUCCCCGCUGGUGGAGACCCUGCUGAUUCCAAUGUCCCCGCUGGUGGAGCCCCUGCUGAUUCCAAUGUCCCCGCUGGAGGAGCCCCUGCUGAUUCCAAUGUCCCCGCUGGAGGAGCCCCUGCUGAUUCCAAUGUCCCCGCUGGAGGAGCCCCUGCUGAUGCCAAUGUCCCCGCUGGCGGAGCCCCUGCUGAUUCCAAUGUCCCCGGUGGAGGAGCCCCUGCUGAUGCCAAUGUCCCCGCUGGUGGAGCCCCUGCUGACUCCAAUGUCCCCGCUGGAGGAGCCCCUGCUGGUUCCAAUGUCCCCGCUGGAGGAGCCCCUGCUGAUUCCAAUGUACCCGCUGGAGGAGCCCCUGCUGAUUCCAAUGUCCCCGCUGGUGGAGCCCCUGCUGGUUCCAAUGUUCCCGCUGGUAGCUCCCCUGGAUCAUCUGUUCUGGGACCAAAUCCGCCAGCUGGCUCAGUUGUACCAUCGAUUCCUGUACUUCCUGGCGGAGCUGGCUCUUGGCCUUGGCAUCCUCGACCAAACAUUCCAAUCGUGCCACCGACCUGGAGGCCCCUGCUUCCUGGACAAAAUGGCUCAGGCGCUCCUGGCAGUGGACUAAUCAAUGGCAUCGUCAACCCGCCCCAACGCCCCCAUCCCUUCUGGCCCAACUGGCAAAGCUGGGUGAACAGCUGGCGACCAACAAAGCCAGUUCCUAGCACUGAGGCUCCUGUCCAACCGCAGAAUCCUCAGCAGCCGCAGAAUCCUCAACAGCCUGGAAACAGCAAUCCUGAGACCGCCGAAAGCGUAGAGCAAGCUGCUCCAGUACCACCAGCCAAUGUACCAGCGUCCAACGAGAAUGCCUCCGUUGAGGACAGCAACAAAGCUUCCAGCGAGAAGUCCAAGGACAAGCCAAAGUCCGGUGAGGAUCAAUCCAAGGAGCAGGAACAGAAGAAGCCCAGCUCUGAGGAGAAAGAGAAGGACAGCAAGGAGAAGAACGACAAGGACAGCAAGGAGAAAAAGGACAACGAUAGCAAGGACAAGAAGGACAAGUCCAAGGAGGAGAAGGACAACGAGUCCCAGAAAGACAACGAUGGCGACGACGAGCCGAGCUCCAAGGAGAAGAAGCAAUACGUCAAGGAUCUGAUCAAGAAGCUGAAGAAGGGCGACGAGUGCGACGAGGACGACGUCUAUCCGGAUGUCCGUGAUUGCCGCAAAUACUACCGUUGCGAGGUCAAGAAGUCCGGCAAGCAUAAGUUCGCCCACCUGCGUUGCGACAAGAAGGAGCGAUUCGACUGGCUUACCCAGUCCUGUGUGCCCAAGGAUGAGGCCCGUUGUCUCGAGAAAUAGAACUGGCGUGGGAUGCCACAAUCAACUGCACUUAAAUAUUGGCAAUGAUAUUCUAUCUCCAUUUCCUGGGUCCUAUCUAAUUUAUUGCACUUAAACUUAAAUAUCUAUCAUUUUUUGUUUUCCUUAAUAAAUCUUGAACUUUAUGAAAAUCUGGC